GUUGGAGAAGUAACAUCAAAUCAUUUAUAUGGAAUAUAAUUUACUGAUUCCCGUCAAACAAUAGAAACUUACACCAAAAUUGUUUUUUUGAAUAUUUAAUCGAUUUGUGAAGCAUAUCUUCACAACGCCUGCAAUGAACCAACAGCCACGACUCUUCGCCCGUCAACUGAAUCCCGGCGUCAUACUUACCCAAGAGCUGAAAAUGAAGAUAUUCAACUAUGAAUCGCUCAAUCGCGAGAAGUCCCAGCUGGAGACCGAGAUCAGUCAAAUUCGCAAGCAACAGGAUAGCAUCGAGGACAAGCUCGCCGAGGCGCUGGCCGAGGAUGAAUUCCAGCGCUGUCUGCACGGUCGCAUGUCGUCGGGUCCCAACGACAAUGAGGUCCUCGACAUAUUCAAGAAACAUCUCAGCAGCACUAUCGACAAAUUGGCCAGCAAGUAUGAGCGUAAAAUUUAUCUGGACAUUGACCUGCAGAAACUAAAGAUGACCAUCGAAAAGGAAAUCAUGAAAGUCAACGAAGAGGCGGCUGCAGCAGAUGCUGCAUCAAACUAAUUAAAUAUACGAGCCAUUUAGCAGCACAUGGUUUUCAAACCAGAACCCAACUGAAAUUCUCGUUGCAAUCGUACAUCAUCUAUCGAGACAAGUUCUCAUAUUUUGGCACAAAUUCUAAAAUAUUUACUCCCAGACUUCAAUUCCAUUCAAGCUCCUCGCUGAUGUAACACUUUCACUGAGAUUGCUUGCCUAUUUUAUUAUCUAUCUUAUUUUUUUUUUUUAAAUUUUGAAUUGAUCAUCCUUUAUUUUUAGUUACAAACACAUUCAAUGUUCUCGACUGCUGCCACUCUACAAAGCAUGUAUUACCACGCAUAUAAAUAAAAAUCAACCUAGGAAAAUAUGUUAUGGUA